AUGGGGUCCUCAGAUAUCGAGGACGAUUAUGUAUCCCUAAUGUUGCAGGACUACGUCGGCAGGUCAUGGGAGAAACUCAUUAUUCUCGUUAUUCUAUCCAUCCAGGAGGAACAUAUCAGGGAAAUAUAUUGGUGGGAUGGAAUGAAAAAGGAUAUAGCAGAGUUUGUUGCUAAGUGCCCUAACUGUCACCAGGUUAAGAUUGAACAUCAAAAACUCGGUGGAUUAUUGCAGGCUAUAGAGCUUCUGACUUGGAAGUGGGAAAUGAAUCCAUACAAAGCUCUUUACGGACGGAAGUGUAGGUCGCCUAUAGGAUGGUUCUAUGUUCGGGAAACUAAGUUAGUAGGACCAGAAUUGGUACAACAGGUAAUCGAGAAGAUUAAGCUUAUACAGGAAAGGCUAUUAGCAGCUCAAAGCCGUCAGAAGUCCUAUGCGGAUAAUCGACGAUUAGACUUGGAGUUUCAGGUUGACGAUUGGGUGUGCCUAAAGGUAUCACUAAUGAAAGGCGUUAUGAGGUUUGUCUUUCAUGUGUCUAUGCUCUGUAAAUGUAUUGGAGAUCCUUCCAGAGUUGUGUCAGUUGAUGAUGUUCAGGUCACAAAACAACUAUCAUCUAAGAAAACUCCCAUUGCUAUACUAGAUAGACAGGUUCGUAGAUUGAGGACUAAAGACGUAACUUCGAUGAAGGAUUGGUCGCCGAUUCAUUCUCGUUUGAUUUCCUUGAAACCGAUUCGACCCUGUGUACAACUUCCUGAGACGGCUUGA